AUGCUCUUUCUUUGGAAAUGCGAGAUCCACGUCUUCUUAUGCAAAUUAAGUAUUUGUUCUGUCUGUCUGUCUGUCUGUCUGUUUCUUUCUUUCUUCCUACUUCUCUCUCCGCACCCUUCUCUCUUGUUCCUUGAAAUUUUGUUCCUUAAAAUUCUCCUCCUCUCUCUCUCUCUCUCUCUCUCUCUCUCUCUCUUUAUUCAUCUAUCUAUCUAUCAAUUUCUUCCAUACUGUAAAAUUCUCUCUGUCGCCAUCCGCCCCCCACUCUCUCACGUUUUCAAUGGGUCAUUUGCAGUGGAAUUUGCAGUCAAAAGUGGAGAGAAUUUCUUUCAGAAAUAUGAUCGUAUUUAUACACUACAAUGUCGAAUUCAUAAUCCACAAGAAAGUGCUUUUAUAACCAGCAACUUGAACAAUGAAUAUUAUCCCCCAAAAGAUGUACCCAUUAAAAUGACAUUAGUGCCAGUAAAUCCUACAGAACUUUCUGAUGGACAGGUGAAACUGGGAGAAAAAGUAAAAUUAAAAAUUGAAAUUUUAAAAAAACUUCGAGUUCAACAUGGCCGUGUCACUUUGUGCUUUGUUCAAGAUAGCCUUCAUGAGAACAUCACACACACAUUUUAUAGGAAUAAAUGUCCCAUCGAAAGUUUCCCGGAACCAAUAAAGUUUAUGACCAAUAAAACAAACCCUCACCUGAUUGAAUCGACAGGAUUCAAGGCUUUUCAGUUUUAUGACAAUGGAAAUGUUCAAUUCACUUGCUAUGUGGAACUUUGUACCAAGGAAAAAGAUCCUUAUUGUUUAGUUUCUGGCUGUGUCCCAAGAGGAACAUUCAUGCAUCCUUACACUAAAGUUAAAACUUCAAUUCAUAUAGAUACUUCUGGUGCCAUCAACCAAAUAUCAUUCAUACUGAUGCCUGCAAUAGCCAUCAUGAUAACCAUCUUCACAAAAAUCAACAUGUUUUAA